AUUAGUUCAUUAUUAGUCAACUGGAAAUCGAAAGCUCCUCGUGUAAUUAAAACUUAAAAGAUGGCUUCAGUGCUGAAAAUAAGAGAAGGCAUUUUCAAGAUUUCAUGGGCACAACGAGAUCCCCGGGAGUCCUACGGGUACUACAACCAGCAAAGCAAUGUAAAAGUAGAACUUUCGCCAGGGAUUGCUGCAUUGUGCAUAGUCUCUCGUCAAGCAGGGUCAAAUGGGUCUAGAGAGGAAGUAGUUGAACUUGAGAUCGAAAUUGAUUUUUCUCCAUUAAGGAAGCCCCGAAACCUGGAUAUUAUUGUCAUUCAGGUCAGUAAGAAUCAAGUCAAUCAAACAAUGAAAUUGGAAAAUUCAAAAUGGAAAGCUACUUUCAAUUACGUACGAGAAUACAUUUCUUGCGGAAAUGCUGGAUUCCACUUUGAAAUCAUAGUUGAUUUAGCAGCUGAUUCCAGCGAGAGAAAAAGUACGAAACAUGUUGUCUAUCAUCUUUUGAACCUUUGGAGUGAGAAGCCGCUUGCUGAUGUAACAUUCAAGUUUAAAAGAAGAAUCAUCAAAGCUCACAUGAUGAUCGUCUCAUCCGGAAGUCCCGUAUUUUGCGCCAUGUUCCAAAAUGAUUUCAAAGAAAAGCUGGAAAGAACUGUAGAAAUCAAAGAUAUCCAGCCAAACGUUUUCGAUCAUCUUCUUCGCUACAUCUACACGGGGGAUGCUGACCUUGACAACGUAGAUGUGGCUGCAUUGCUAGCGGCUUCCGAGAAAUACGGAAUGGAUUCUUUGAAAGAGGAGUGCGCAUUGCGUCUCUCGCAAGAUCUCAACGUGGAAAAUGCUGUACGAAAUCUCGUCUUGGCUCACCUUAAUAAUUCCCCGGUGCUGCAGCAAUCUACAUUGGAUUUCAUUUCGAAGAAUUCGAAAACUAUAUGAUCCCGAAAAGACUGGAUGGAGCUAAUCAAAAACUAUCCGGAGCUCAGCUUUGCGGCAGUUCAGAAGAUGGUAAAGGGAUGAGCUGCUAAUGGGAGUAAAUUUGCUUAACUGGUUCCUUCUUCACAUAUUCCUUGCAUUGUGUAAUGUAAUACGAACAAGCGACACGGAAAUUGGAUUUUAG